GGCUCCCGAGGCGCCCGGGCGGGCCGGCUGGCUGGGAAGAUGGCGGCGGAAGCCCUGGUCAGCGGCGCCGCAGAGGAGCGGGCCGGGGGUGUCCCAAGUGUGCAGCUUAGGGCCAGCGUCGGGCCAUGAGCGCGCCGCCAUCGAAUCCUCGAGCCGUGGAGCCCGCCUGCGCCCCUUGCCAUGGCGCGGCUCGCGGACUACUUCGUGCUGGUGGCGUUCGGGCCGCACCCGCGCGGGAGUGGGGAAGGCCAGGGCCAGAUCCUGCAGCGCUUCCCGGAGAAGGACUGGGAGGACAACCCUUUCCCCCAGGGCAUUGAGCUGUUUUGCCAGCCCAGUGGGUGGCAGCUGUGUCCCGAGAGGAAUCCACCAACUUUCUUUGUGGCUGUCCUUACUGACAUCAACUCUGAGAGGCACUACUGCGCCUGCUUGACCUUCUGGGAGCCAGUGGAGUCCACACAGGUCAGCGUAAGCUCUGGUGUGCAACAUGUGAAGCUGAGCCUUGGGCCACGGCCAGCUUGCCCUGCCUCUGGGGGUAUGUUCCUUUUGGGGAAGGCUGGGUCUGAGUCACCUCUGUCUUCCACUUGGUCUCAUGGGAUGACUCUGAUUAGAGCCAGGAGAAUGGCUUUCUGUCUGCAGGAAGUGGUGUGCACUGAAGAUGCCCCAGAGAAGGAGGAAGAGGCAGAUGGAGGAGGCCAAGCACAGCUGUCAUCCACAGCCCCAGCCCAACCUGGCCAGCUUUUUGCUCCAAAGACUCUGGUUCUGGUGUCUCGACUGGACCAUGCUGAAGUGUUCAGGAAUAGCCUUGGUCUCAUCUAUACCAUCCAUGUGGAAGGCCUGAACGUGAACCUGGAGAAUGUGAUUGGGAACCUGCUCACGUGCACCGUCCCCUUGGCAGGCGGCUCUCAGAGAACCAUCUCUUUGGGGGCUGGUGACCGGCAGGUCAUUCAGACCCCACUGGUAGACUCACUGCCUGUCAGCCGCUGUAGUGUAGCCCUGCUCUUCCGCCAGCUGGGCAUCACCAAUGUGCUGUCUUUGUUCUGUGCUGCCCUCACUGAGCACAAAGUCCUCUUCUUGUCCAGGAGCUACCAACGUCUAGCCGAUGCUUGCAGGGGCCUCUUGGCACUGCUGUUUCCUCUCAGAUACAGCUUCACAUAUGUGCCCAUCCUGCCGGCACAGCUGCUCGAAGUCCUUAGUACACCUACACCUUUCAUCAUUGGGGUCAAUGCAGCCUUCCAGGCAGAGACUCAGGAGCUGCUGGACGUGAUUGUUGCCGAUCUUGAUGGAGGGACAGUGACUGUCCCUGAGUGUGUGCACAUUCCACCCCUGCCAGAGCCACUACAAAGCCAGACUCACAAUGUUCUGAGCAUGGUCCUGGAUCCAGAGCUGGAGUUGGCUGACCUUGCCUUUCCACCACCUACAACAUCUGCUUCCUCACUGAAAAUGCAGGACAAGGAGCUCCGCGCUGUCUUUCUGCGGCUCUUUGCUCAGCUCCUGCAGGGUUACCGCUGGUGCCUGCACAUCGUGCGCAUCCACCCCGAGCCUGUCAUUCGCUUCCAUAAGGCAGCGUUCUUAGGCCAGCGUGGACUGGUGGAGGAUGAUUUCCUGAUGAAAGUGUUGGAGGGCAUGGCCUUUGCAGGCUUUGUGUCAGAGCGUGGGGUCCCCUACCGUUCUACAGACCUGUUUGAUGAGUUGGUGGCUCAUGAGGUAGCACGGAUGCGAGCAGAUGAGAACCAUCCCCACCGCGUCCUGCGUCACGUCCAAGAACUAGCAGAGCAACUUUAUAAGAAUGAAAACCCGUACCCUGCUGUGGCAAUGCAUAAAGUGCAGAGGCCAGGAGAGGCCAGCCACCUGCGGCGGACCCAUCGGCCAUUCCCCCGGCUAGAUGAGGGCACAGUUCAGUGGAUUGUGGACCAGGCUGCAGCCAAGAUGCAGGGUGCACCUCCAGCUGUCAAGGCUGAAAGGAGGACCACUGUCCCUUCAGGGCCCCCCAUGACGGCCAUCCUAGAGCGGUGCAGUGGGCCUCACAUCAACAGUGCCCGUCGCCUGGAGGUGGUGCGCAACUGCAUCUCCUACGUGUUUGAAGGGAAAAUGCUUGAGGCAAAGAAGUUGCUUCCAGCUGUUCUCAGGGCCCUGAAGGGGCGAGCUGCCCGCCGCUGCCUCGCCCAUGAGCUUCACCUGCACGUACAGCAGAACCGUGCAGUUCUGGAUCAUCAGCAGUUUGACUUUGUCGUCCGCAUGAUGAAUUGCUGCCUGCAGGAUUGCACUUCUCUGGAUGAGCACGGCAUUGCGGCUGCACUGCUGCCUUUGGUCACAGCCUUCUGCAGGAAGCUGAGCCCAGGGGUAACGCAGUUUGCAUAUAGCUGUGUUCAGGAGCAUGUAGUGUGGAGCACACCACAGUUCUGGGAGGCCAUGUUCUAUGGGGAUGUGCAGACCCAUAUCCGGGCCCUCUACCUGGAGCCUUCUGACGGUGUGAGCCCCACCCAGGAGACUGGGGAGGCACAGUCUCAGGAUGAUGAACGAUCUGCCCUGGAUGUGGCUUCAGAGCAGAGGCGCCUAUGGCCAACCCUGAGCCGUGAGAAGCAGCAGGAACUGGUACAGAAGGAGGAAAGCACUGUGUUCAGCCAGGCCAUCCACUAUGCCAACCGCAUGAGCUACCUUCUGCUGCCUCUGGACAGCAGCAAGAGCCGGCUGCUGCGGGAGCGGGCAGGGUUGGGAGACCUGGAGAGUGCCAGCAACAGCCUGGUCACCAACAGCAUGGCAGGCAGUGUGGCUGAGAGCUAUGACACAGAGAGUGGCUUUGAAGACGCAGAGACAUGCGAUGUGGCUGGGGCUGUGGUCCGCUUCAUAAACCGCUUUGUGGACAAGGUCUGCACAGAGAGUGGGGUCACCAGCGACCACCUCAAAGGACUGCAUGUCAUGGUGCCAGACAUUGUCCAGAUGCACAUUGAGACCCUGGAGGCUGUACACCGUGAGAGCAAGAGGCUGCCCCCAAUACAGAAGCCCAAGCUGCUGAGGCCACGCCUAUUGCCUGGUGAAGAGUGUGUCCUCGAUGGCCUUCGAGUGUACCUGCUGCCAGAUGGGCGUGAGGAGGGUGUAGGAGGCAGUGGAGGGGGCCCUGCUCUACUUCCAGCUGAGGGUGCUGUCUUCCUUACCACAUACCGCGUCAUCUUCACGGGGAUGCCUACUGACCCCCUGGUGGGGGAGCAGGUGGUAGUCCGCUCCUUCCCCGUGGCUGCAUUGACCAAGGAGAAGCGCAUUAGUGUGCAGACCCCUGUGGACCAGCUUCUGCAGGACGGGCUGCAGCUUCGUUCCUGCACAUUCCAGCUGCUGAAAAUGGCCUUUGAUGAGGAGGUGGGAUCUGACAGUGCUGAGCUCUUCCGAAAGCAGCUCCACAAGCUUCGGUACCCACCAGACAUCAGGGCCACCUUUGCAUUCACACUUGGCUCAGCUCUCACACCUGGCAGGCCGCCACGAGUUACCAAGGACAAGGGUCCUUCAUUCAGAACCCUGUCCCGGAACCUGGUGAAGAAUGCUAAAAAGACCAUUGGGCGGCAGUAUGUUACUCGUAAGAAAUAUAACCCCCCUGGCUGGGAACAUCGGGGCCAGCCACCCCCUGAGGACCAGGAGGACGAGAUAUCAGUGUCAGAGGAGCUGGAGCCCAGCACACUGACCCCGUCCUCAGCCCUGAAGCCCUCUGACCGCAUGACCAUGAGCAGUCUGGUGGAACGGGCAUGUUGCCGUGACUACCAGCGUCUUGGACUAGGUACCCUGAGCAGCAGCCUGAGCCGGGCCAAGUCUGAGCCCUUUCGCAUCUCUCCUGUUAAUCGCAUGUAUGCCAUAUGUCGCAGCUAUCCAGGAUUGCUGAUUGUUCCCCAGAGCAUCCAGGACAAUGCCCUGCAACGCGUGUCCCGUUGCUACCGCCAGAACCGCUUCCCUGUGGUCUGCUGGCGCAGUGGGCGCUCCAAGGCUGUGUUGCUACGCUCUGGGGGCCUGCAUGGCAAAGGUGUUGUUGGUCUCUUCAAGGCCCAGAAUACACCUUCUCCAGGCCAGGCCCAGGCUGACUCCAGCAGCCUGGAGCAAGAGAAGUACCUGCAGGCUGUGGUCAGCUCCAUGCCACGUUAUGCUGACUCAUCAGGACGAAACACACUUAGUAGCUUCUCCUCAGCCCACAUGGGUGGUCACGUGCCCAGUCCCCGAGCCAGGGUCACCACGCUGUCCAACCCUUUGGCGGCCUCGGCCUCCAGAUGGACUGCGUCCCGAGGUAAGUGGAGCAGUGUCCGAGCCAGUGGUCGAAGCAGUGGGCUUGGUGCUGACGUGGGCUCUCGGCUAGCUGGCAGAGACCUCCUCAGUACCCCCCACACCAACGGAGCGCCGCCUGAUUCUGGUUUCCUGCGGCCGCAGCGUGCAGCCCUCUACAUCAUUGGUGACAAAGCUCAGCUCAAGGGUGUGCGCCCAGACCCUUUGCAGCAGUGGGAGCUGGUUCCUAUUGAAGUAUUUGAGGCAAGGCAGGUGAAAGCCAGCUUCAAGAAAUUGUUGAAGGCCUGUGUGCCUGGCUGCCCUGCCACUGAGCCCAGCCCAGCCUCCUUUCUGCGGUCACUGGAGGACUCAGAGUGGCUGAUCCAGAUACACAAGCUGCUGCAGAUAUCGGUGCUGGUGGUGGAGCUGCUAGACUCAGGCUCCUCUGUCCUUGUGAGCCUGGAGGAUGGCUGGGACAUCACCACUCAGGUGGUAUCCUUGGUGCAGCUCCUCUCAGACCCCUUCUACCGCACUCUGGAAGGCUUCCGCCUGCUAGUGGAAAAGGAGUGGCUGUCCUUUGGCCAUCGUUUCAGCCACCGUGGGGCCCACACCCUAGCUGGGCAGAGCAGUGGCUUCACACCCGUCUUCCUGCAGUUCCUGGACUGUGUACACCAGGUCCAUUUGCAGUUCCCCAUGGAGUUUGAGUUCAGUCAGUUCUACCUCAAGUUCCUUGGUUAUCACCACGCAUCCCGCCGUUUCCGGACCUUCUUGCUGGACUCUGAUUAUGAGCGUAUUGAGCUGGGGCUGCUGUAUGAGGAGAAGGGUGAGCGCAGAGGCCAGUUGGCUUGCAAGUCUGUGUGGGAAUAUGUAGACCGGCUAAGCAAGAGGACCCCCAUGUUCUACAACUACACAUAUGCACCUGAGGACACAGAGGUGCUGCGGCCCUACAGCAAUGUGUCCAACCUGAAGGUGUGGGAUUUCUACACUGAGGAGACGCUGGCUGAGGGGCCCCCUUAUGACUGGGAGCUGGCCCAGGGGCCUCCUGAGCCUCCAGAAGAGGAGCGUCCUGAUGGAGGUGCUCCCCAGAGCAGGCGCCGUGUGGUUUGGCCGUGCUAUGACAGCCGCCCUCGAGUCCAGCCCGAUGCCAUCUCACGUCUGCUGGAGGAGCUGCAGCGAUUGGAGACAGAGCUGGGACGGCCUUCUGAACGCUGGAAAGAUACCUGGGACCGAGUGAAGGCUGCUCAGCGCCUUGAAGGCCGGCAAGAUGGACGUGGUACCCCUAGCUCAUUACUGGUGUCAACUGUGCCCCACCACCGCCGCUCGCUAGGGGUCUAUCUACAGGAGGGGCCUGUGGGCUCUACCCUUAGCCUCAGCCUGGACAGUGACCAGAGCAGUGGCUCAACCACAUCCAGCUCUCGUCAGGCUGCCCGACGGAGCACCAGCACGCUGUAUAGCCAAUUCCAGACAGCGGAGAGUGAGAACAGGUCCUAUGAGGGCACCCUGUACAAGAAGGGAGCCUUCAUGAAGCCCUGGAAAGCCCGUUGGUUUGUCCUGGACAAGACCAAGCACCAGCUGCGUUACUAUGACCACCGAGUGGACACAGAAUGCAAGGGUGUCAUUGACCUGGCAGAGGUGGAAGCCGUGGCACCUGGCACACCCACCAUAGGUGCCCCUAAGACUGUGGAUGAGAAGGCCUUCUUCGAUGUGAAGACAACACGUCGUGUUUACAACUUCUGUGCCCAGGAUGUGCCCUCAGCCCAGCAGUGGGUGGACCGGAUCCAGAGCUGCCUGUCGGAUGCCUGACCCCUCCCGGCCCUGCCCGGGCUGCUCUGCUUCCAGUCGUUACAGACCACUAGGGGUGGGCAGGGCCGCCCCGGCCAUGUUUACAGCCCCGGCCCUCGACAGUAUUUGAGGCCCUGAGCCCCCCAGCACUUGUGUGUACAGCCCCCGCCCCGCCCCACCUGGCCAGCUCUAACUUAUUGUGGUGUCAUGGCUGAGCCGUUAGGGACGCGGCCAUGGUACAGCCCUGCCCUGGGCUUGUAAAUAGUCCACCCUACCCGGCCCAUCAGUGUGCUGGCCCUGGCCGGCUGGCUGUGCUAAGUUGUUUCUAGAACCAGAGUCUAUAUAAAGAGAGAACUAACGACA